ACUAAACAGUCAGAUCUGUGAGAGCAAGAGGGGGGAGAGAGUGAAGAGGCAUUUUAAUAAAGGAGAGGACAACGACCAGGAUUGAAGGCGAACUGAGAACAGAGAGCUGAGAGGAGGACGGGGAGGAGCAGACUAUCAAAAGGAUGUGGAAAAAAAAAAGUGUGUGCAGGAUUUAUGACUCAUUCAGAGACUGAAGAAAAAGUUUGAUGGAGGACAGAAACACACUGGAUUGCUCGACUCCGGCACAUCCGUGCACUUUCCCACACAUCUAAACUGCAGCUGUGCUGAAAUCGCUACGCAAGGAAUACUGACGCCACAAUGACCCUCUUCUCCUCGGCCUCUUCCUUCCCCUUUACUCCUUCAGCCUCUGCAUCGUCUAACUCCUCUCUUCCUAUAUCGACUUCUAUGUCAUCCUUCUUCUCUGCCACCUCUCUCCCCCCUUCCUUGUCCCCUUCCUCCAACACUUCCCUAAACCAGACUGGAUGUUCGUUUGAUGACACCGCCCUCCGUCUGCCCCUGGCAGUCCUUUACUCCCUGUUCUUCCUCUUUGGGCUCGUGGGGAACCUCUUCGCCCUGUGGGUCUUCCUCUUCCUGCAUUCAAGCCGCAACUCUGUACGGGUGUUCCUCAUCAACUGUGCCGUGGCUGAUCUGGUCCUGCUGGCGUGCCUGCCCUUCAGAGUGUUCUACCAUGUUAACGGAAACAAGUGGGAACUGGGAUCUGUGGCAUGCAAAGUUGUGGGGAAUCUGUUUUACAUGAACAUGUACAUCAGUAUUACUUUGCUGGGGCUCAUCAGCCUGGACAGAUACCUGCGGUUGAAGGGGAAAGGCAAGGCACGGAGAGGCAUGACGAUGAUUCUGUGGGGACGCAGCCGGCCGUGGAGCUGGGUGGCAUGCGGGGCUCUGUGGGGUCUGUCGCUGAUGGCGUUGGUGCCCAUGAUCGCCACCGCAGAGGACAAAGAGUUCAACGGCAAGUGCUUCCAAUACAAGCAGCGCAGCAGCAAAGCCAAAGGGAAAGCCUACUUCAACGCCGUGCUUGUGUUGUUGUUCUGGCUCGUCUUCGUCAUGCUUGUUGUCUCCUAUGCCAAGAUUGCGUCCCAGCUGCUGCGGGUGUCACGGGACAAACCGGACCUUCCCAAUGCACAGAGAUACCAGAGAACUGCCAAGAAGUCCUUCUUCGUCCUCUUUCUGUUCACCAUCUGUUUCGCACCCUACCACGCCUUCCGCCCCGUCUACAUCCUCUCCCAGCUCAGCGAAAUGGCAUCUUGUGGCUACUUGCAACUGGUGGACCGCACCAACGAGGUGAUGCUUCUGUUCUCCGCCUUCAAUAGCUGCCUGGAUCCUGUCAUGUACUUUCUGUUAUCUGGCUCUGUUCGCAAAACCGCCCUCCAAGCACUUGGACACCGACUUGGCCACCGUUUUCUCUUCCUAAACGACGCGACAUCUAACAGCUCGACCACCGAGUUCAGACGGCCAUCUGUGCCUAUGGCUUUCCCGAACACUGAACUGAACACCCCCUCAGUCACCCCUAGAACGAGUAUCUGCAUCAUCAACUCCACCCUCCGCCGCACAGGACUGACUACGCUUCCAACUACUGGCCAACAGUGAUGACAAAUCUGACUGCAACAAAGCCUGAACACCCGAGAAAUAAAUUUCUGACAUUUCUAACACAGGCCGGACUGCUGAGCUUAUUCUGUACAAAACUGAGCAUUUCUACACGUUCUUACUUCUUUUGUUCAAAGAAAAAUAAAUAUAUGUUUUUUACUCCUAAGAUAUUCUCCCUGUGCUGGCUUACAAACACCUGUGCUGUGAGAGAAUCAUUGUUUAAAUUGCAGUUUAACGCCUGAGUGACAGACUGACAAUACAGUAACGUCUGAGGAGACACACUUCAGUGAUGACUGUGACAGCAGCUUUUCUUAUAAUACAUGUCAUGUGUGUUUCCCGUCAGAGAGAGAGAGAGAAGUGUAUUUCGGUGAUAAUAGAUUGAAUGCAUCUGAUGACAUUUUGAAAAAAAUAAAUUAAAUGAAGUUGAUUUGGAAAGAAAGAGAUGCAAAGACAGACUUAUGUUUCCUUCCUGACACUCAGACAGAGGCAUAGCUCAGACUGUUUAAACACCACCUGGUUUGACCCACAGCUAUCGGUUUACACUGAACACAACGAGUGUUGAUCCGUCUGUGGACUGUGCUGUCAAAUGGUAGUGAUAGUAGGAAGAUCAAGGGCCAGGUUCAGGACUGCUCCAUCUGCUCUAGAAGUGUUCGUCUACUGGCUAAUCCUGAUGCUAAUCUGACUAUAAGAGCUUUUAAAGGACCAAACUCGACCCAGCAGGAUGGUGUGCAAACUAACAGCUUCUAUAGUUAGACUGACAAAGCCACAUCAUACCUAGAGGUUAAUGUAAAAAAGCAGAUGCUGACGGGGGUGUUUUCUAGUAAACUGUAAAGCCUUUGACCUUUAUCACCACACAGAUUUUGUGAGGAAACAGUCACAUCAGAGUGUGUGGUAUAAAAAGGGUUAAAGAGGAACUAUGGUGCGUUGAUAAUUUGUGUCACAAUAUUCAGUGUCUCGAUGAAGAAUGUUCACAUUAAAUGAGGCCAAAGUUUCAGAUAAUGACGCAAAUGUGAGCAGCAGUAAUCCCUGACAGCAGGAACCUCGGGUUUCCUACCGUUCUGAAGACCAUGUUUCAAACAGUUUUUUCGCUAACAUCAGGGAAACAUGCAAACCUGGCUGCCUGUGUUACAGUGGAAA